UUGUCAUGCAGGAAAUCAAUGAAGCCAAAAACGAUCUCCGAAGUCGGGUUGUCACUGUCGACUGAGGUGUCUCCUUCACUUAUUCCUACACCUGUGUUUGAGACUCGCUUCAAAUUACGUACUGGAAUGCAGAUGUAGUUUAUAUUCGACUCAAAUGCCAGUCCCACGAGUCUCAAUUCUAUAAUGGUGAGGGUCAAGUCCACCCUCGCCUCUUCAUUCACUUCAUCAUUCAUACCACAUAUGAAAGCUGCAUGAUGUGCGCGCGAAACCCGUUUCUUUUACCUCUCGAACGAAAGCAGAUGGAGUCUUCGCCUGACGAUGUCCAAGUUACAGCGGCCUGGCGUCUGCAUUACUUAGCGUGCAUAUGCACGAUGCUGGCUACACUUUGGACCUAUGAUUAUGUUACUUUACUUUACAAAGAGUGGACAUUCCUGCUUCGGUCGCGCUGGACUAAGGUAAAAGCGCUUUAUAUCAUUGCCCGAUAUGUCCCCUUUUUCUUCAUUGCCACGGACCUAUAUUUAACCUUCGUCCCGAACGAGAACCCCGAUAAAUGCCGGAUGUUGAUCGGUAUUUACUCAUGUUUUGGAGUGACAUCACUCACUUGCUCUGAAUGACAUAUGCGCUUUGGAAUAAAAAUCGAAUCGUACUCGUAGCAAUGCUAUCCGCCCUUUUUGCUAUCGUCGUAUCAUUUAUCGGCAUUUGG